AUGAAGACCUUCUCGCUCUCCCUCGCUCUUCUGGCCGCUGCCAGCAUGGUCAGCGCUGAUGUCUCCGUCAGCGACUGCGCUCAAAUGUGCCUUAGCAACAUGAACAACAAGGCUUCUGAGCUUGGCUGCUCCAGCGGCGACUUGUCCUGCCUGUGCAGCAAGCCCGACUACAGCUACGGUAUCCGCGACUGCACCGCUCAGGCUUGCCCCAAUGAUGACGCCAACGCCGUUGUCUCGUCGGCUCUUGCUUCUUGCCCCACUUCCUCUGGCAGCUCCGACUCCGCUUCUGCUACUGGUGCUUCUAGCACUGGCUCCGGCGCUGGCGGUGCUGGAUCUACCACCUCUGCCUCUUCGGCUACCGGCAGUGGUGCUUCGUCUGCCUCUGGAACCAACAGUGGUAACACCAGCGGUGCCACGACUGGCGCUACCACCAGUGGAGCGACUUCUGGUGCCACCUCUGGUGCGACCACCCUGAGCACCAUCACCAGCACGAGCACUAGCACCGGCACUGUCUCUGGUCAGACCACUCUCAGCACUAUCACUGGCACUAGCACCAGCACCGGUACUGUCUCUGGUGCCACCUCCGGUUCUUCUGGCAGCUCUACCUCUGGCUCUGGCUCUGGAUCUAGCUCCAACGGCUCUGGCGGCUCUUCCUCUGCUACCGGAACUGCUCCCUCUUCCUCCGAGACCACUGGUGCUGCUCCCAAGCUUAACGUUGCCGGCAGUGGAAUCGCUGGUGCUCUUGGUCUCGCUGCUAUGUUCCUUCUCUAA